AAGUCACUUGGAACGUUGUGGCUUAGCAGAUAUGGCGGUGCUUGGUUGUAAAUAUACUUAGUGUAGAAUGAGAAAUGGAAGAGUUGUCUUGAGGGAGAGAUUAGAUCGCAUUCUACUUAAUUUAGAUGCUCAACUUCAGUUACCAGGUGCUAAAGCUUUUAAUUUACCGAGAACAUGUAGUGAUCAUCAUCCUAUUCUUCUUAAUAUGGAUACGGCAGCAACAUAUUCUCCUAUUAGUAAGCCGGCACGUUUCAAGGUGGCAUGGCUAACUAGAGAGGAAUUUAGUAAAGUGUUUACUGAUGCUUGGUCCUGCCAUUCAAAUCAUCUCCCCACAGCAAUCAGUAAAACAAGUGAGACUUGCAUUUCGUGGGGAAAAUCUGCGUUUGGGAACAUAUUCAAGAGAAAACACUUGUUGAAAGCUAGAAUUUCUGGCCUUCAGAACUCCCCGCGUUAUCAUUUCACUCCUUGGAUGCAAGGGCUAGAGAAGGAUUUGCUGGAGGAUUAUCAAAAAGUCUUAUAUGAAGAAGAACUGUUAUGGUUCCAAAAAUCUAGAACUGAUUGGAUUGCUUCUGGGGAUCGAAAUACAUCAUUUUAUCACAUGUCAACUAUAGUUAGACGUGCUAAAAAUAAGAUAGGGGCCUUGAAGAUUGAUGGUGAAUGGAGUAUGGAUGCAGUAGAGCUGAAAUCACAUGUUAGGAACUUUUUUGAAGGGCUUUUUGCAUAUAAGGAGACUAUUCCCCUACCAGAGGAUCUGUUGCUUUAUCAGCCUGUUAUUUCAGAUGUUGAUCAUGAAUCUCCUCUUCAACUAGCCAAUCUUGAGGAGGUUCAAAGGGCUUUAUUCUCAAUGAAGGGUUUGAAGAGUCCUGGGCCUGAUGGGAUACCUACUUUGUUUUAUCAAAGACAUUGGGAUGUAAUUGCUGGGACCUUCCUAAAGUUUGUGAACCAAGCUUUGUCAAGUGGGGUUUUUGACUCAAGUUUGACCAAAGCCUACAUAGCACUGAUUCCUAAAGAAGACUCUCCGGACACUAUACAGAAAUUUAGACCUAUUGGUUUACUGAAUGUAGCAUAUAAGGUGCUGUCUAAACUCAUUGUGAAUAGACUUUGUCCACUUCUUCAAGGGAUCAUUGGCCCAUGGCAGAGUAGUUUCUUGGCUGGGAUGAGCACUGUUGAUAAUAUAAUACUGACUCAAGAAGCGGUUCAUUCUAUGAAGCAUCUUAAAGGGGGUCGUGGUGCUAUGGUACUUAAAAUUGAUCUGCAUAAAGCUUUUGACAGUAUUAACUGGGAUUUCCUUCGCCAGGUUUUGUUGUAUUUUAAUGUUCCACAUCAGUUGGUCAACCUCAUUAUGUUCUCAGUGACUUUUGUUCAACUUAGUGUUUUAUGGAAUGGGGAACCAUUGCCUUACUUUAGUCCACAAAGGGGUUUGCGUCAGAGAGACCCCCUUUCUCCAUACUUGUUUAUCCUAGUAAUGGAGAACUUGGCUCAGAUGAUUCAGAAAAGAGUGGCUACUAAGGUUUGGAAGCCUUUUACGUUGUCUCAAGGAGGCGUCUCUUUGUCCCACUUAUUCUAUGCAGAUGAUCUUAUGCUUUUUGCGCAUGCCUCUGGAGCACAAUUGGAUGUCAUUAUGGAUUGUUUGGAUCAGUUUGCCAAGAGCUCAGGGCUGGUAUUCAAUUUACAGAAGUCUAAACUGUUCUUGUCUCCAAAUGUUCACUCGGCUGUGGCAAAUGCUCUGAGUGCCAAAUACAUUUUAGAAAAAAUGCAGAAGAGAUUAGCUGGGUGGCAGGGGACUAAUUUGAGCUUAGCUAGAAGAAAGGUUUUGGUUCAGGCUAUUACAUCUUCUAUUCCGGCCUUUGUUGCUGGUGUUAAGAAACCUCAUCUGGUCAGUUGGGAUGUGGUUUGUAUAGAGAAACGACAUGGUGGACUUGGGUUGCGAUCCGCUUGUGACAACAACCAAGCUUUUAUUGCUAAGCUUGGUUGGCGCCUAAUCAAUGGGGAUAAUGCACUGUGGUGUAAGGCUAUGCAGUCAAAAUAUUUGCGUGGUUUUGGAGAAAGAGUGCGUUUUUGGCACGAUGCUGGGGUGGGACAUGCUCCGCUUAUUUCUUCCAUGGAGGAACCGCCUGGCCUUCCUUCCUUGUUGGUGGCUAAUGUUAUUAAAUCAGAUAGGGAAUGGGAUCUUGAUAUCUUGCAUAAUUUGGUUUUGAAGGAAAUAGUGGAGAUUAUACGAGCAAUCCCUCUGUCUCGCAGUACACAUUUGGAAGAUAAUAUUUUUUGGUCAGGGACUACGGAUGGCUCCUUCACUGUUAAGUCAGCUUACCAAAUUACACAGGCUCCUCGUAUUCCAGCUCAAUUGGAUGGUUCGUGGCACUGGAUAUGGAAGUUACAGUGCGCAGAGAGAAUUCGAAUCUUUGUAUGGCUAUUGGUUCGAGGGAGACUAUUAACAAACUCAGUGAGAUUUGCACGUCAUAUGGCUUCUUCACCCACCUGCCCAAGGUGUGAGUCUUCAGAUGAGACAGUUAUUCAUCUAUUAAGGGAUUGUUAUUAUGCGACCAUGGUUUGGGGUUUACUGGGGUUUGCAAGCUUUGAGUUCUUUGCUUUGGACCAAUCACUUUGGCUAAGGAAAUUCUCAACCUCAUCACCGUUACAUGAUCCAACAAGCGUCUCAGGCAAAAUAUACGGAGCUUGCCAUGCAUCCUCUGUUUCCAGUAAGGUCUCGGCAGCCUCGUUGGGAGGGUUGAUUCAGGAUUCCGCUAGGAACUGGGUUUCUGGUUUUAUAGUUAAUGUGGGCCAUGCUUCCAUUUUUGUUGCAGAACUUUGGGGUUUGAGGGAAGGGCUCAAGCUUUGCAAAUCUCUUGGUAUACCGAGGGUUGCAGUAGAAAUGGAUUCCCAAAUGGCUGUUCGCUUCAUCAAUGAAGAUCGGGAGGUAGAUAAUUUAUCUGCGGCUAUCUUGGUGGAUAUUAAAAGUUUGAUGUUGGAGUUUGAAGCUUGUACAGUGCAUCACAUCCUAAGGGAAGCGAAUGCCGCAGCAGAUCACUUGGCUUCCCUUGGUCAUUCGUCACAACCGGGUUUAAGUAUACUCAAUUCCCCACCAUGUGGUUUACUGCCUAUCCUCUUAGGUGAUCAAUUGGGGGCUUGUUUCCUCCGUUCGUAGUUUCUUUUUUGUGUUAAUCUAGUUUUCAUUGCUGAUGUACCAAAAAAAAAAAAUGAGGGGAAAAAAUUUCCCACAAAAUUUCACAAAGAAAAAAUACUUUUCAUC